AUGGAGCAUCUCACGCUUAAUGAUGAGGUUGCGGCGAUGGGAGGCGGACCGCAGCAGCAGCAGCAGUUGCCGCCGCAGAUGUUCACGACUGCUGCGCAGUUGUUGGAUUUGACUGAUAAAAAACUUAUGGUUGCGCUCCGCGACGGCAGGAAAUUAAUCGGUGUGCUUCGAAGCUGGGAUCAAUUCGCAAACCUCGUCCUCCAAUCCACCAUCGAACGCAUAUUCAUCCCUCCCACCCCCUCCACCCCAGGUUACUACGCCGACUUCCCCCGCGGCAUCUUCCUCGUGCGCGGCGAGAACGUGUUGUUGCUCGGCGAGAUUGACCUCGAUAAAGAUGACGAUGUGCCCGAGGGGUAUGAGAGGGGUGAGCCUGGGAUGGUGCAGAGGUUGGAUAAGGAACGGAAGGGGAGGGAGGCCAGGAGGGAACGCGUUGUUAAGAAGAGACUGGCGGAGGAGGGGUUUGAGGGGGAGGGGUUGGGUGAGGCGCUUUUGUGA